AUGUUUACUGAGCUGCAGGGUCAGUGCCUGCAAGACAAAUGCAGCUCCUGCAGUGGUACUCGACCCCGGCACAGGGCGGGCAAGGGGAGCCAGGUGGGUCUCGGCUCUUCCUGGGGCCUGGGCAGACCGUGCCAGCAGACCCUUGUCUCCCUGCUUUGGGAGCGCCUGCUCGGUCCCAGGUCAGGGCAGCGCAGGGCUGAUGUUCCUCAUGCUGCGCAGCUUCCGGGUCACCCGACUGUGGAGCGGUGUCAGGGGCUGCGCUUGGGAGAGCGGGCCUGGCCUCCCUGGAGCUGCAGGCACUCCUGGCCUGUUUACAGGGAGUCUUUCCAUGGUAACUCACAGCCAGACGCGUCUGAGGCUUUCCAGACUGCGUGUCGGGCUGAGCCGGCCCUUGGCUCAGCUCCUGCUGGUGGCUGGGGGGGGCUGAGAGCUGAGCCUGGGGCCCAGCUCCUCGUCACAUCCCCUCCCUCUGGUCACUCGAGUCCAGCCACCUCUCUGAAGGGAGCAGCUGAGCAGAAACAAGCCAUUUGCUCUCCUGGGCUGGCUUUUCUUGCUGUCCCAGUGCCCUGCCCACAGGAGGGGUGCUGGGGGACCUGGGUUGGGGGUUCCCUAUCUCCCCCCACAGCUGGGGGAGCAUUGCCCCUUCCUAGGCUGCCCCCCUCUCCCUGCCGCUGGGCUGGGCCCCACGCAGGCUCCUUCCUGGGCUGGGCUGCAUCCCCCCAGCCUGGCAGGCUCUGGGGCCCUUCCACCCCCAGCGCACGCCUGCGAGGGCUCGGUUAUGACGUGCGUCUCUCCCCACAGGCCUACAACAUUCAUGUGAACGGUGUGUUGCACUGCCGAGUGCGGUACAGCCAGCUCCUGGGGCUGCAUGAGCAGUUAAGGAAAGAGUAUGGCGCUAAUGUGGUCCCAGCCUUUCCUCCAAAGAAGAUCUUCACCCUCACCCCAGCAGAGGUAGAGCAACGACGGGAACAGCUGGAGAAGUACAUGCAGGCUGUGCGGCAGGACCCAACGCUGGGAGGCAGUGAGACCUUCAACAGCUUCCUGCGCAAGGCCCAGCAGGAGACGCAGCAGAUACCCACAGAGGAGGUGGUGCUGGAAGUGCUGCUCUCCAAUGGCCAGAAGGUCAAGGUCACCAUCCUUACCUCGGACCAGACGGAGGAUGUCCUUGAGGCUGUGGCCUCCAAGCUGGAUCUGCCUGAUGACCUGGUUGGCUACUUCAGCCUCUUCCUGGUGAGAGAGACUAAGGACGGAGCUUUCUCCUUUGUGCGGAAGCUGCAGGAGUUCGAGCUGCCAUACGUAUCUGUCACCAGCCUGCACAACCCUGAGUUCAGGAUCAUUCUGCGCAAGAGCUACUGGGACUCCUCCUAUGAUGAUGAUGUAAUGGAGCAUCGUGUGGGGUUGAACUUGCUGUAUGCCCAGACGGUGUCGGACAUUGAGCACGGAUGGAUCCUUGUCAACAAGGAACAGCACCGGCAGCUCAAGUCCCUGCAGGAAAAAGUCUCCAAGAAGGAGUUCGUACGCCUGGCGCAGACCCUGAAGUACUACGGCUAUCUCAAGUUUGACCCCUGUGUCACCGACUUCCCUGAAAAGGGAUGCCACGUCGUUGUUAGCGCUGGCAACAACGAGCUCAACUUCCAGGUGCGGCUGCCGAGCGAGCAAAUCAAGGAAGGCAGCUUCAAGGUCACACGCAUGCGGUGCUGGCGGGUCACGUCCUCGGUACCGAUGAGCAAUGGUCCCUCAGGGAGCAGCCCAGGGAAGUCAGAGGUGAAGCUGGAGCUGGCUUUUGAGUAUCUAAUGAGCAAGGACCGGCUGCAGUGGGUCACCAUCACCAGCCCACAGGCCAUCAUGCUGAGCAUCUGCCUGCAGUCCAUGGUGGAUGAGCUGAUGGUGAAGAAAACAGGAGGCAGCAUCCGCAAGGUGAGGGUUGGGGCUGCCCUGCGGCGCUCUGACAGCCAGCAAGCUGUGAAAUCGCCGCCACUGCUGGACUCGCCUGACGCCUCCAGGGAGCCGGUGGUCAAGCUCUCGAGCAAGCUCACUUCAGUCAGCCUACGAGGGAUCAGCCACUCCAGCUCUGCUAACGAUGUGGGCGCUAACGACUUCCAUGGCAAUUAUGCCUUCGAGGGCAUUGGCGAUGAAGACCUGUAGUUGCUCCCCCUUCCCAUGGACAGCACUGGCCUGAAGGCCCAAGGGCCUUCGCUGAGGAAUGUACAACCUGCAGACAGGUUGCAAUCGACGUGCCUCUCACCUGCUACCAUCCACCUUCCCCUGCUCCCCGAGGGCUGGGGAGCUCAUCCCCAACCCACCAUUGCCUUCAGGGUGGGGGCAGCUGAACUCCUCCUGCUGCUGGCUUCCAGCGAGGGGGGCUGUGCUGGAGCCCAGCUGGGAGGGGGCUCGUUCCCAGAGUGGCCCCGAGCAGCACGCCCCAGCCAAGCCCUGGAGCAGGCAUCGCAGAGCCUGGUCCAGCUCUGGAGGGAGCAGAGCUGCCCCCUUCCCACCCUAGGAGGGCCUGGGCCAGUGCCAGGCCUGGCCCAGAGCUCGCCUGUAGCACCAGUGUGAGCGACCAGCUGCCCCAAGGUGGCUGGGGGCAGCAGCCUGGUGGCACCGAGCGGCCCUCGUGAGGCUCCGUAAUGCCAAAUUAGCAUUUAGGUCUCUGCUCAGAGACAGACUGCAUUAAACUGUCUCCAGUGGGGCUCUGCGCAGAGCCCUAUUUCUAACCCGCUCAUAGACUCUAGCGUAAUCUAGGCUUGUAACCACGUAUCUUCUGCUGCUCAGACUGACCGGAGCAUUAAUGGACAGUAACCAAUGUUUACACACUGCAAUGAUGAUUAAAAUGGAUCCUGAUUGGUA